AUGGAUCCAAGUAUGGGUGUGAAUUCUGUUACCAUCUCUGUUGAAGGAAUGACAUGCAAUUCCUGUGUUUGGACGAUUGAGCAACAGAUUGGAAAAAUGAAUGGUGUACAUCACAUUAAAGUUUCUCUGGAAGAAAAAAAUGCAACUGUUAUUUAUGACCCUAAACUACAGACUCCAAAGACCCUACAGGAAGCUAUUGAUGACAUGGGCUUUGAUACUAUUCUCCAUAAUCCUAACCCUCUCCCUGUUUUAACUGACACUGUGUUUCUGACUGUAACUGCUUCACUGGCUCCACCAUGGGACCAUAUCCAAAGUACAUUGCUCAAGACCAAGGGUGUGACAGACGUUAAAAUUUCCCCUCAGCAAAGAACUGCAGUAGUGACAAUAAUCCCUUCAGUAGUGAAUGCCAAUCAGAUAACAGAGCUGGUUCCAGAUCUCAGUUUAGAUAUUGGAACACUGGAGAAAAAGUCAGGAACUUGUGAAGAUCACAGUAUGGAUCAAGCAGGUGAAGUCAUGCUGAAGAUGAAAGUGGAAGGGAUGACCUGCCAUUCAUGCACUAGCACCAUUGAAGGAAAAAUUGGGAAACUGCAAGGUGUUCAGCGAAUUAAAGUCUCCCUGGACAACCAAGAAGCUACCAUUGUUUAUCAACCUCAUCUUAUCACAGUAGAGGAAAUAAAAAAGCAGAUUGAAGCUGUGGGUUUUCCAGCAUUCAUUAAAAAACAGCCCAAGUACCUCAAAUUGGGAGCUAUUGAUGUAGAGCGUCUAAAGAACACACCAGUCAAAUCCUCAGAAGGAUCACAGCAGAGGAGUCCAUCAGAUACCAAUGAUUCAACAGCCACUUUUAUCAUUGAUGGCAUGCAUUGUAAAUCAUGUGUGUCAAAUAUUGAAAGUGCUUUAUCUACACUCCAAUAUGUAAGCAGCAUAGUAGUUUCUUUAGAAAAUAGGUCUGCCAUUGUGAAAUACAAUGCAAGCUCAGUCACUCCAGAAACCCUAAGAAAAGCAAUAGAGGCCGUAUCACCAGGGCAAUAUAGAGUUAGUGUUGAAAGUGAAGUGGAGAGUACCUUGAACUCUCCCUCCAGCCCGUCUCUUCAAAGGGUUCCUUUGAACACAGUUAGUCAGCCUCUGACUCAAGAAACCAUGAUAAACAUCGAUGGUAUGACUUGUAAUUCUUGUGUGCAGUCUAUUGAGGGUGUCAUAUCAAAAAAGGCAGGUGUAAAAUCCAUCCAAGUCUCCCUUGCAAAUAGCAAGGCGACUGUUGAGUAUGAUCCUCUACUAACCUCUCCAGAAACCUUGAGAGAAGCAAUAGAAGACAUGGGAUUUGAUGCUACUUUGUCAGGCAUGAGUGAGCCAUUGGUAGUAAUAGCUCAGCCCUCAUUGGAAAUGCCACUUUUGACCUCAACUAAUGAAUUUUAUCCUAAAAUGAUGACACCAGUUCAUGACGAGGAGCCAAAGACUUCAUCUAAGUGUUACAUACAGGUCACUGGCAUGACUUGUGCUUCAUGUGUAGCAAACAUUGAACGGAAUUUAAGACGAGAAGAAGGAAUAUAUUCUGUACUCGUGGCCCUGAUGGCUGGCAAGGCAGAAGUAAGGUAUAAUCCUACUGUUAUACAACCCCCAAUGAUAGCAGAGUUCAUCCGAGAGCUUGGAUUUGGAGCCACUGUGAUAGAAAAUGCCGAUGAAGGGGAUGGUGUUUUGGAACUUGUGGUGAGAGGAAUGACGUGUGCCUCCUGUGUACAUAAAAUAGAGUCUACUCUCACAAAACACAGAGGGAUCUUCUACUGCUCUGUGGCCCUGGCAACCAACAAAGCACAUAUUAAAUAUGAUCCAGAAAUUAUUGGUCCCAGAGAUAUCAUCCAUACAAUUGAAAGUUUAGGUUUUGAAGCUUCUUUGGUCAAGAAGGAUCGGUCAGCAAGUCACCUAGACCAUAAACGAGAAAUAAGACAAUGGAGACGGUCCUUCCUUGUGAGCCUAUUUUUCUGUGUUCCUGUAAUGGGGCUAAUGAUAUAUAUGAUGGUUAUAGACCACCACCUUGCAACUCUUCACCAUACUCAAAACAUGAGUAAAGAAGAAAUGGUCAACAUUCAUUCUUCUAUAUUCCUGGAGCGCCAGAUCCUGCCAGGAUUGUCCAUUAUGAAUUUGCUGUCUUUUUUAUUGUGUGUUCCUGUACAGUUUUUUGGAGGCUGGUACUUCUACAUUCAGGCUUACAAAGCACUGAAGCAUAAGACAGCAAAUAUGGAUGUACUGAUUGUGUUGGCAACCACCAUUGCAUUUGCCUACUCUUUGGUUAUUCUUCUGGUUGCAGUAUAUGAAAGGGCCAAAGUGAACCCUAUUACUUUCUUUGACACACCUCCUAUGCUAUUUGUGUUUAUUGCACUAGGCCGAUGGCUGGAACAUAUAGCAAAGGGGAAAACAUCAGAGGCUCUUGCAAAGCUAAUUUCCCUACAAGCUACAGAAGCAACUAUUGUAACUCUUGACUCUGAUAAUAUCCUCCUGAGUGAAGAACAAGUGGAUGUGGAACUCGUACAACGUGGAGACAUCAUUAAAGUGGUUCCAGGAGGCAAAUUUCCAGUGGAUGGUCGUGUUAUUGAAGGACAUUCUAUGGUAGAUGAGUCUCUUAUCACAGGGGAGGCAAUGCCUGUGGCUAAGAAAUCUGGCAGCACAGUGAUUGCUGGUUCCAUUAACCAGAAUGGGUCAUUGCUUAUCUGCGCAACCCACGUUGGAGCAGACACAACCCUUUCUCAAAUUGUCAAACUUGUGGAGGAAGCACAAACAUCAAAGGCUCCUAUCCAGCAGUUUGCAGACAAACUCAGUGGCUACUUUGUUCCUUUUAUCGUUUUUAUUUCCAUUGCUACUCUCUUGGUAUGGAUUGUAAUUGGAUUUCUGAAUUUUGAAAUUGUGGAAACCUACUUUCCUGGCUACAAUAGAAGUAUAUCCCGAACAGAAACGAUAAUACGCUUUGCUUUCCAAGCCUCUAUCACAGUUCUCUGUAUUGCAUGUCCAUGUUCACUGGGACUGGCCACACCAACUGCUGUGAUGGUGGGUACAGGAGUAGGUGCUCAAAAUGGCAUACUAAUCAAAGGUGGAGAGCCAUUGGAGAUGGCUCAUAAGGUAAAGGUAGUGGUAUUUGAUAAGACUGGAACCAUUACCCAUGGAACCCCAGUAGUGAAUCAAGUAAAGGUUCUAGUGGAAAGUAACAGAAUAUCACGCAAGAAGAUUCUAGCCAUUGUGGGAACUGCUGAAAGUAACAGUGAACACCCUCUAGGAGCAGCUAUAACCAAAUACUGCAAGCAGGAGCUGGACACAGAAACCUUGGGUACCUGCAUAGAUUUCCAGGUUGUGCCAGGCUGUGGUGUUAGCUGUAAAGUCACCAAUAUCGAAGGCUUGCUGCAUAAGAAUAACUGGAAAAUAGAGGAAAAUAAUAUUAAAAAUGCAUCCCUGGUUCAAACUGAUGCAAGUAAUGAACAGUCAUCAACUUCGUCUUCCAUGAUUAUUGAUGCCCAGCUCUCAAAUGCUCUUAAUGCUCAGCAGUACAAAGUCCUCAUUGGUAACCGGGAGUGGAUGACUAGAAACGGUCUCAUCAUUAGUAACGACAUAGAUGAUUUCAUGACUGAACAUGAGAGAAAAGGUCGGACUGCUGUACUGGUGGCAGUUGACGAUGAGCUGUGUGGCUUGAUAGCCAUUGCUGAUACAGUGAAGCCGGAAGCAGAGCUGGCUGUCCAUAUUCUGAAAUCUAUGGGCUUAGAAGUAGUUCUGAUGACUGGAGACAACAGUAAAACAGCUAGAUCUAUUGCUUCUCAGGUUGGCAUUUCUAAGGUUUUUGCAGAAGUUCUACCUUCCCACAAGGUUGCUAAAGUGAAGCAACUUCAAGAGGAGGGGAAACGGGUAGCAAUGGUUGGAGAUGGAAUCAAUGACUCCCCAGCUCUGGCAAUGGCUAAUGUUGGAAUUGCCAUUGGCACAGGCACAGAUGUAGCCAUUGAAGCAGCCGAUGUGGUUUUAAUAAGGAAUGAUCUUCUGGAUGUAGUGGCAAGUAUUGACUUAUCAAGGAAGACAGUCAAGAGGAUUCGGAUAAAUUUUGUCUUUGCUCUAAUUUAUAAUCUGGUUGGAAUUCCCAUAGCUGCUGGAGUUUUUAUGCCCAUUGGUUUGGUUUUGCAGCCCUGGAUGGGAUCCGCAGCAAUGGCUGCUUCAUCUGUUUCUGUAGUACUUUCUUCUCUCUUCCUUAAACUUUACAGAAAACCAAGUUAUGAGAAUUAUGAAGUGCAUGCCCGGAGCCAGAUAGGACAGAAGAGUCCUUCAGAAAUCAGCGUUCAUGUUGGAAUAGAUGACACCUCGAGAAAUUCUCCUAAAUUGGGUUUGCUGGACCGGAUUGUUAAUUACAGCAGAGCCUCCAUAAACUCACUGUUGUCUGAUAAACGUUCCCUAAACAGCGUUGUUACCAGUGAACCUGACAAGCACUCACUCCUGGUGGGAGACUUCAGGGAAGAUGAUGACACCGCAUUGUAAAAGGCCGCUGAGAGCACUGCUAGUUUAACUUCUUAUGCACUGACACAGUAUUCAUGAAGUCACCUUAGUUUUUCAAAAUAUUGUUGAAGAAUUUUAUGUUGGUCUUACGCUCUUAUAUUAGGGAUUCUAUUUGAGUUGCAUUUGUCUAAUGGCAAAAAUAUCUUUUUCCGGGCAUCAGCUCUGAACCUACUAGCUUUAUUUAAACUGAAUUUCUUGUACUUUUUGUUUUCACUAGCAACAGAUAAGGUAGAGCAGUGAGGUUUACAACAAAUCCUACAAGUAGAGAUUGCUGAAUUGCUGCUAAGUGAUAGAUAUUUUUUUUUGACCAAAAAAAAAAAAAAAAAAAAAAAAAAAGCCCCAAAAGAGGAUAAUUAAAAAUUUAAAGAUUUGAGAGCAUGACCUUUAGGAUAUUCUUGAUCCUGUAUCCCUGCCCCAUUGGGGAGCAAUGACUUUCAAAUCACUGUAUAAAGCAUGUAGUUUUAGAAGGGAAACAGUUGAAACUGUUCAAAAAUAGAUGUGCCUUAUUUAUUGCAGGCUUUCUUUCCCCUCUGCUCUCCCCACAUCCUUGUCCUUGCAGUUGCUUUGUUAGAUGCUCCAAUGUGUCUUUUAUCUUCUUUCGAGUGAGCCAAGUUUAGGUGCUUUUUCAUUGAUAAAAAUAACUGGCAAAAACUUUUCCAAUAUCUUGUUCCCUUUUUUUUGUAGCUCAAAAGACAUUAAGGGUCUGCCGGGUUCCCUGCCUCACAUCUUUCCAUUGCUGUAAAAAAUUAUAUUAAUUCUUCCUUCAACCUCACUAACUCUGUGCUAGAUUUCAGUUCACUCCUGCUGAGUUGAGCUCUAAGUUAUUCUUAGUGCAGUCUAUCAGUCUCAGUCCAGAAACUUAACACUUUGAGUCCCUUCUACUCAAAAGAUUUUCAGAGAUUAACACUACUAUCUUUAACAUAUAUGGGUCAUAUAAAAUUACCUGGAUUCACUAAAUUUGCCUUUUUUGGAUACAAUAC